AUGGAAAUCGAAAAUUCUCCAGUCAAUCUUUCAACUAUGACAACAUCCAUGACAUCGACAGAUAGUCUAUUAAGUCUUUCAACUAGUAAUGCUUUUACUGCACAACCUCAAAAUGGAGCAGGAACUGAUAGUUUGCUUGAUAGUUCUUUGCAACUUGGUGCUGCUUAUGAAAGACGUGAUUCUGUCGAUUCGAAUUUUUCGUUAAGACCUAGUUUUAAACAAAAAUUUAGAGCACCACUUGUAAAAAAUAUGAUUCACACAAUCGCUUAUCAACGAUUAAAUAACGCGUUAUAUGACAAAGAUCAAGCUCCGGGUUGGGCUCACGAAAUUUCUAGAGAAAUUAAACAAAAAUUGUUAGGUAAACUAUUAAUUAUUAAAUAUCCACAAAAUACCUUUACACAUUCAAUCUAA